CUUGGUGCCUAACAAACCUUUCUACUAUCACGAUGUAUAGAUGUAUAAAGCGAGGGGGUUUCCCUCAAGCUCGUCUCAACCUACCUACUAUCCGUACAUCCUGAUAGUCCCUGAACUACAAGCUCAUCAUGACUACAGUAACUCUGACAAACGCGAUUGUGUGUGCUAAUUGGACCCAAGACAACCAGAGAUGUAAGAAAAUCGGACAGUUCGCGUGCAAAGGCUGCCUUCUGGUCCUUUACUGUGGCGGGGAUUGUCAGCAGAGUCAUUGGGCGAAACAUAAACGGGAUUGUCGGGAUAAUCCCUUGCUGAAACCAAACUGGAAGCCCGAAUGGGAGCGUCAAUGUCGAAGUCCCUAUUUCCUCGAUUUCGUUGGAGAGCGAUACCCCGAACCUUUCAACUACCAAAAGAAGUACCUAUGGGGAAACGUACCUGCGUUCGACUUGUUGAAACUACCAUCGAACGAGGGAAUCAACUAUAGCAAAGAUUUGAACCUUCUCUUCGCAGCAUCUGGAGACUUUCGGAAUGUUGUCAAGACUAUCGCUUCUAUCCCCGAUGAAUAUAAAAAUGCUGUCAACGUCUAUAUGAAUGACAGAGAUGGAGAUGUCGUCUCUCGAAACGCCAUCAUGCUUCUCCUGGCCCUGACAGAGGAAGAUCCUCUUGUCGCGGCCGAAAACAUCAUCCAUCUUUGGUACUCAGCCUUCAUUACCCAGUCACUCCAAAAUAUUUUAAAGGGAAAGAUCCGGGAACUAGUGCAGGAUGUUUGUACCAAGAUAGAAGGCAAACCGUCUUGCGCUGUGCUAGGCAAAACAUGGACGUUUGGCCGAAGCUCCCUCCGGCUCGUCUUGGCCAAGAAGCAAUGGCUGGACCUCCUCGCCUGCUUAGAGCCUCCUCCCGGCCUCACCAUCGAGAAAGCACUACUGAUUCGCCGGGAUGUGACUCUAGCUCCUCAGAGAGUCGACUACAGAGAGCGUAUAUAUCUCACCAAGCCCCCGGGUGACCGUGCCAGCCAUCAGAAGUAUCGGGAAGAAGGGGUGCUCGUUCCCUUUGGUGCACCUCGAGCUUUAUUCAUAGUACCAAAUCCGACUCUCUUCCGAGAUACAAACAGAUGGCCAUUGACAGACGAUUCGGAUCCUACAAGUGGUUGGCAUAAGCAUGCCAUUCUGGAAGUUUGGUCCGGUGCAGCAAAGAACGACAUCUAUGCCAAACUUAGCUUUCUCCUGAGAGACCUUCUGGUUCGCUUUCACCAGCGCUUGAGAAACUCGGCCAUUUCAUUUCAGUUGCUGCACUUUGAUGCCGAGGACAUCUACAAGCACGUGAAGGAUACGUUAUUUGAUCGCAUUGAGGUGUCCAAUAUCAGUGACGCGGGAUACCUUGGCAUGGGAUUGACGCUUGUGAGCAUCGGAUUACUCCUAAAGCCCCUCAGCCAGAAUCCCCAUGCCACUGUAGUUGCCCUGUUCAUCAACGCGGUCCAAGAGAUGAUCGACGCGACUGAACAGGAGAAGAUCUUAGGAUCCGAAAUCGAUCAAGUCAAACAAUAUAUCGAACCAAAGAUGCCGAAAGGUCGAUACGACGCCAUGGCGAUAAUCACCCUUUUAGCGGCCGAGCAUGUUCGCGACGUGGACAAGUACUUUGAUAGGUACAUGAAGAGACUCCGUUUCGCAGACCUCGCACAUGAGACCGGCAUGGAGCCCAAGAAGCGGCAUACAAUUAUUGACCCGUGGCCGACGAGGGUGCAGAAGAAGGCCCAUCAAAAAGGGGGUAGGGAGGAGUUCGCCACGUUACUGUCGUCUGCGCAUUCGGGGUGCGAACGGUACAUGGAGUGGCAGUGGUCGAGGAGUUAAUUGGCCGAUUACUUAGCUACCUAGGUAUAACGGUAUUACGCGGUAGUUCAGAUGGACAUGGGAGUAUGAGAUAAGGACGACAGUUAAGAUAGUAGUCAGCAGACACAGGAUACCUAGGGUUGGGCUGGGUUAUGCCUCCGGCGUGAGGGUGCCCCUGAAUCACGAAUCGAUGA